AAAAAAAAAAAACAUGUUUUCGACACUCCGUCGCGCCGUGUUUCUCCGUCGAUAUCCGGCCGUGAUUUCUCCGGUGAAAAAGGCAUUCAGCAGUAAAAUUUACGAUGAAAUCGAUCCGCAAAUCAUGAAUAUAGAUGAGCUGAAUCAGGAAAUGAAGUCAAUCUUUGGAGAAGAACCAUCUCCCGAUGGGUUUUCUGGUCCUGCCACAAUGGAUUUCUCUGAGUUGAAAUCGAAAGCUGAAUCUUUGAAGUCGACAAACCCGGAGAGUUCUGAUCUUUUAUCCCAUAUUGAGUAUCAGAAAUCGAGCAAAGAACAACCUGCACAAGUGGCUAGUGAUUUGUCUAAGCUAACCCAUGUUGGGAUCUCAGGGGAAGCUCAGAUGGUUGAUGUAUCUUCCAAGGACAAUACUAAGAGAACUGCAUUGGCUUCCUGUAAAGUUGUUCUUGGCAAAAGAGUUUUCGAUUUGGUCUUAGCGAAUCAAAUGGGGAAAGGAGAUGUUCUUGGAGUGGCGAAGAUCGCUGGCAUUAAUGGAGCAAAACAAACUAGUAGCUUAAUCCCAUUGUGUCAUAACAUUGCUCUUACGCAUGUUCGUGUAGACCUAAGACUAAACCCUGAGGAUUUUAGUGUUGACAUUGAAGGAGAAGCUUCUUGCACUGGAAAGACCGGAGUUGAGAUGGAAGCUAUGACUGCUGUCUCAGUUGCUGGUUUAACGGUUUAUGAUAUGUGUAAGGCUGCGUCGAAAGAUAUCAGUAUUACGGAUGUGAGACUCGAGCGUAAAACUGGUGGAAAGAGUGGAUAUUGGUCUAGAGGGGAGUGAACACAAUGAACAUUUGUCUCCGUAGAUAUGAGAGAUCUCUCCUCUGAGUUCUUCUUACCAAUGCUAAUCUUCAUUUAGACUGGAACUACGUGUAACACUAUGGCUUGUCCGGGCAAGUAAAGCCGGCUGCGAAAAUAUCAGGUCAAGUACGGACUUCUUUGUAAGUUUGGUACUUUGGUAAUAGAGCAAUUUGAUGUGCAAUAUGAGAAUUUCACCUAAACCCUAUGUGAAACAAUUUAUGAAGACUUUUUAAGUCAAUGCUUGCAACUGUGAAGACUUAAAAGUCAUCAGUAUUCACUGUACAGUCUUAUUCAUAUUUGUGUC